CGUGACGUGACAUAAAAGUCAGGGAUAAAUUGAUUAAUGCAAUCGAUUAAUCAGUUAAUCAAUACUUAUUGGUGAACAUCGGAAUAACAUUGACAUGCUGACAUGCGACAGUUUCAAAUGGAAUGCCUUGUAGAUAUUACAAAUGUGCAGUGGGGGUUAUAAAGACUAUUCUAUUGAUACCAACAAUAGACCUUUAAAAUAGACCAAAGAUGAGUCGUCGGGGAGGAGGUGCGAAUAUGUUGGCGGCGGCCGGGGGGAUCAAGAAAGCGUCGAUAGAAAGACGCCGUGGAGCUGCAAAAGAUGGUGUUCCUAAGGAGGGGGAUGUAUUCUAUCGCAUAGUUAAAUCUUAUCCUAGAAUUCCGGAAAUUCCCGAAGAGACUUCGUGCAAUAUCGCCAAACCUAUAGAAUUCACCCCAGGGUCUGAGAAAUACAGGCAACUGGCUGCAUCCCCCGGUGGGAGAAGGGCGUCUAUACUGAGUGAUAAGUCGAGAGAAGAUAUGACUACACCCAUAUUUGAAGAUCAUAGGUAUGAACUGGUAUGGAUGAUGUCAACAUCAUCUAUCAUCUUAACUAGGACCCAUAUUAGUUGUGUCCAAACUGAGCCAAUGACUAGGGUUUUCUCAUUCAUUGAUGAUAAAUAG